CAACAAUAAAAAAAAACAGAUCCCAGCCUCCAUUUCCAAAUCCACACCUGGCCCGGCUGCCCCAAAUGCGUCGGCAUCGCGCCGUCGCUGCUGCACACCGUCGAUGACUCCCGCCCCUUCGAACGCCGCCGGCGACCUCUUCGCUGCCAACCUCACGGGCGCGCUCCUUGCGGUUGCCUCCUCCGCCUUCAUUGGCGUCAGCUUCAUCGUCAAGAAGAAGGGCCUACGCCGGGCCGCCACCGCCGGCGCCCGCGCAGGUGUUGGAGGCUAUGGGUACCUCUUGGAGCCACUGUGGUGGAUUGGGAUGGUUACGAUGCUGAUUGGGGAGAUUGCCAAUUUUGUGGCCUACAUGUUUGCGCCAGCUAUUCUUGUCACCCCUCUUGGUGCGCUCAGCAUAAUUGUCAGUGCUGUUCUAGCCCAUUUCACCCUGAAUGAGAAGCUGCAGCGGAUGGGUGUGUUGGGCUGUGUGCUCUGUAUAAUCGGGUCAACCAUAAUCAUCCUCCAUGCACCUGAAGAAGAGACACCAAGCUCAGUGACACAGAUCUGGCAGUUGGCAACACAACCUGCCUUUCUUUGUUAUGCGGCUUCUGCAUUGACUAUCUCACUGAUCUUGAUAUUUCACUGUGCACCCCGUUAUGGCCAGACAAACAUCGUGGUGUAUGUGGGAAUUUGCUCAGUGAUAGGAUCUUUGACGGUAAUGAGCAUCAAGGCAGUAGGCAUUGCUAUCAAGCUUACAAUUGAGGGCAUAAACCAGGCUGGCUAUUUCCAGACUUGGCUGUUUGCAACUGUUUCAGCUACAUGCAUAAUUAUUCAGUUAAUUUACCUGAACAAGGCAUUGGAUACUUUCAAUACUGCAGUUGUUUCUCCCAUCUACUAUGCGAUGUUUACAUCCCUCACAAUUUUGGCAAGUGCCAUAAUGUUCAAGGACUGGUCUGGGCAGAGUAUAAGCAGUAUUGCCUCUGAGAUUUGUGGGUUUCUUACUGUGCUUACUGGUACUGUUGUACUGCAUUCUACAAGAGAACAUGAUCCAACCCUUACUUCAGAUCUGUAUGCUCCUCUUUCCCCAAUAUAUUGGCAUAUCCAAGGUAACGGUGAAACAGGAGGAAAGCUGAAAGAGGAUGAUUUACUCUCUGGCAAUUUCAUCACUGUGGUGCGACAAGACUACUUUGUCUAGAGACCUUCCACGAUGCUCAAUGUUCUGGAUUAAAAGAAAAGAGAACAACACUACGGAAGGAUCCUACUGAUGCCCAGUGUACUGCGGCUUCCCCACUGUGCUCAUGAACAGACAUUUUUUCCUGCCUUCCAAACAGGCCCUUAGAAUUUGUUGAAAAGUUCCAGUUUGAUCACAGGCAUCUGGGCCGAUGCCUUGUAGUAAGAUGUAAGCAAUCCGUCCUCUGGCCGGGUUGAGCAAGGCUUGGCUGCAGUGUAUCAGGGUGGUGCAGCUGAUGUAUUUAUACUGUACAAUCUAGUGUGAAUGUAUGAACUAGAGCUAUCAGAAUCUGCACAGAUAUUUCAUGACAGACUCUGUCCAGCAUGUUAAGUU